CAACCACUCAUAACGUUGGUCCACUUUUCCCUAUUAUAUUUUCCCCCUAGGGUCGCGUCCUCGGUCCUCUCAGCGUUCAACAUGAUGUUUUCUGCUCUACGUCAAGCAUCUCGCUGCUCUCUUCACCCCGGACGUCUGUCCGCAACGAAGACGCGGGUGCUACCCAGGACGGCUUUCGUCCGGACACUCGUUACCAAAAAGUACACGAAAGAUCACGAAGCCGUAGUGUUCGACGAUGGCACAGGCGUCGGAACCGUCUCCAUCACGGAUUACGCCCAGUCCAGCCUUGGCGACGUAGUAUUCGUCGAGCUCCCUACUGUGGGGACCAAGGUUUCUCAAGGAGACCAGAUCGGUGCUGUGGAAAGCGUGAAAGCUGCGUCCGACAUCUAUGCUCCCAUUUCAGGAACCGUAGAGGAAAUCAACGAAAAGCUGGCUGAGCAGCCUGGAUUACUCAACAAGUCACCCGAAGAUGCUGGCUGGCUUUGCAAAAUCAAGGUAUCCGACGCGACGGAGAUGGGUGCACUGCUGUCCGAGGAUGCCUACAAGGAGCAUUGCGAAUCUUAACAUACCCGCUGCCAUGGCAUCUAUAGAGCGCUCCUCAACUGAGCACACACGUUAUAGUCCUUCUAGUAAUCGAUAUUCCUUGACACGAGGUCAUAAGAUGCUUAAUAUACAGCGAAACAAUAUAGACCGUCCCGAUGCAGAUGUCUAACGGGUGAUGAGGGUUGAGAUGUAAGGAGUGCGUGAAUACCCGUCUCAUGACGAGGACUUGUAUUCGGUCUUCUCUCCGCGAGCCUCCAUCCGCUGCUUCGCCUCCCGGAGCGCCCAAGUCUGUAUGCUGGUAUCGGGCUUAUAGUACAGCAGCACACUGGCGAGCCCCAUGCCUCCGAACAUGCCGAAGUACCAGAUAUUCUCCCAGCUCUCUUUUACUCGCUUCUGACCAGGUGGAGGAGGCUGCUCGCCGAAGAGCAAACCCGUAGGCUCAUUGUAUUGAGGAGCGCCAUGGGACGCGUAGCGCCUCGCAGAGGUGCAUCUUAAUGCUGCAGGUCGAAGUGCGCGAAUUGACGUAGAGGAUAGCAUAGUAAAAUAAUGCGCUCCGGGUUUGAGCGGCGGAGUGGUGGUCGGACGGUGACG